AUGAGUGAGGAGCUGGGGCUGGGUUUCGAGGAAGCAGCCAGAGUGGAAAUGCCAGAAGCCAGGGCCAGGCUCGCCUCCAGGAGCAGAGCAUGCUUGGCUCUCAUCUGCUGUCUGCUGUCAUUUCUCAUCCUGGCAGGACUUAGCACCUUCCUGAUGCUUGGCCAACUCCGGACCCCAGGCUGUAGACGGGAGAUCUGGAAUGACUCAGCAAUACCAGAACAGACACCUGAACCUUCACCACAGCCAGUUUACACACCUUCCAGAGCCAAGCCAAGGGCACACCUGACAAUUCUUAAACAAACUCCAGGGCCACAUAUGCAAAAUCAGUACCCUGCUCUGCACUGGGAACAUGAACUCGGCUUGGCCUUCACCAAGAACCGGAUGAACUACACCAACAAAUUCCUGGUGAUCCCAGAGUCGGGAGACUAUUUCAUUUACUCCCAGAUCACAUUCCGAGGAAUCACAUCUAGGUGUGGUGACAUCAGCCAAGGGAAACAACCAAAUAAGCCAAACCUCAUCGUUGUGGUUAUCACCAAGGUAACAGACAACUACCCGGAGCCUGCCCAUCUCCUCACAGGGACCAAAUCUGUGUGUGAAAUAAGCAGCAACUGGUAUCAGCCCCUCUACCUUGGGGCUAUGUUUUCCUUGGAAGAAGGGGACAGGCUGAUGGUAAAUGUCAGCGACAUCUCCUUGGUGGAUUACACAAAAGAAGAUAAAACUUUCUUUGGAGCCUUCUUGCUAUAA